AUGGCGGCACCCGGGCGCAGGGGAACUCGGCUGGUGGUGAAUCAGGCGGUGCUGGCGGAGAGGAAUCCCUCCGAUAUCGCACCCGUGGGAGCCUGGGUGGAGUGUGUCCGGGGGCAGAGAGACCAGGAGUGCGGGGCCACGGCGUCGGCUCGGCAGGUAGAGGAGCAGCUGCUCCAACAUCAGAGAGCGAAGCAGGAAAAGCUGCACCACUUCCAGGUGGAGGUGAGAAGGCGGGUGAGAGAACACGCCAAGCUGCGCAAGAAGCGUCACAUCCAGAAGUCCUAUGAUGCGAUCGUGAGGGAAGGGUUUGUCGUGGACCAGACCUCUGAUGCUGCCGUGCGUCUGACCCCUAAAAGGAACACGUGUGUCUUCCGAAAUACGCCGGUAGCCAUUUGCAGCCCCCGCUCGCAGUAUGUUUCAGCGAAAAAGAUCAGCGGAGGAAUCGAUGAAGAUGAUGGCGGAGAUGAAAAUAAUAACCGGCCGUUCAAACAGCAGGAAAAAACUCUCGGGAAAACCAUGAAGCAAGCGCGUCGCCGACUGGCAGCUCUGAAGACCGUGGAGAGUGAAGCGUUAAGUCUCCCAGGCGGGGUGUGGAAGGUGUCCCCCAUGCGGGAUAACCCCGUAUCUCGACGAUCUCCCGUGCCGCGUAUGAAUGAAGAAGGGAAUGACGAACUGGUCCUGUCUGGGUACCAUGAUUUUCCGGUGGAGUUACUGGUGCAGGAAUCAGGGGGUUGCCUUCCUGAGCAGCAGACAUCAGAGAAUGGGAUGAGGCCCACCUGGAGCCGCUUAAUGAAGGAGCCUUACCCGGCGGGUCCCGCGCCAGCAUUCAGCACCGAUUACCGCGCGACCUUCGUCCUCCGCCCAGGGGUAGAUGAGGAGGAUGAGCGAAAGCAACGGCAGCAACAAUACGGCGCGUACAGGAGGCUGUUUAUGGAUAUCGAGAGAGAGCAAGUCAAGGAAACGAGACGCAAAAAGGAGCAAGAAAAGAAAAUGGCAAAAAUUAAGAAUGAGAAAGAGUUACGGCGACAGUUAGAAGAACACAGAUUACGUGACGCGGCGGAUCGCGAGGAACGCUCUUCACACCAGAGACGGUUAGAGCGCUUGGCCUUGGAAUGGGAAAUCCAUAAAGAAAAUCUGCUGAGAACCCAGAAGACAAAGGAACGCGCUCGGUUCGUGGAUGCCUUACGGGCCCAAAUGAAGCAGAAGAUGGAGCUGCACUGCAUCCGCCUACCGGCUCUGUGCUGCUGCGGACCCACUUUCUGGGACUCGCACCCUGAUACCUGCGCCAAUAACUGCGUGUUUUACAAAAACCCCAAAGCGUAUACUCGGGCCCUGCAGUCCCUCAUCUCGUCUCAGGACGCGUGGGAAGGCGGUCUCAGCGCCCGGCUUUCUACCUGCAACCUCAACCCGGCGCACAGCUCGUCCUGAGAUAACGUGGUCGGUCACUAUUAAUAAAGAAGUUCUGCGCAGGAAGUUACAGGACGGACGUCUCGUGAGGUCACUAUUAAUAAAGAAGUUCUGCGCAGGAAGUUACAGGACGGACGUCUCGUGAGGUCACUAUUAAUAAAGAAGUUCUGUGCAGGAAGUUACAGGACGGACGUCUCGUGAGGUCACUAUUAAUAAAGAAGUUCUGCGCAGGAAGUUACAGGACGGGCGUCUCAUGAGGUCACUAUUAAUAAAGAAGUUCUGCGCAGGAAGUUACAGGACGGACGUCUCAUGAGGUCACUAUUAAUAAAGACGAGCGGAGAGCGAUUGGGACGGAUCCGUGCCGCUGAAUCCCGGCUUUAAUAAAGAGGACUGGCAGACGCCGCGAAACUCAGUCCUCCUUUAACGAGCCCCCCGAUCCCACAGUCAUUACUGUUCCUAUUAACGAUCCCCACGCUACGGAUGUAGGUUUUUAACGUCGCUUUUUGUCUCGCGAUUCUGGGAAUAAAUGGCUUAUUUUGUGUC